CUUAUAGGCCUGGAGCAUACAUUCAGUCCACGCCGGCAAAUACAACACCAGCUUAAAGCACAAUUCGUGCAUAUGGAGGCCUUCCCAAGCUGUCAAUGUGCUGUCUUGCUAUCAUCACUCGAUCCAUUAUAGCCUAAUUAAACAGAAGAUGUCAUCGACUUCUACACCAGCUCCAGGAAGUUCCUCUUUGGAAUCAAAGAGCUUCCUAAACACACCAAAGCCUUUCAAAAAUCCAUCUUAUACAAAAAGCUCGAAUCGUAGAAUACGAAAUCUCAAACAAAUCUUGGCAGCCGAAAGAGAUUUUGCAAUGGGCGUAACGGAUUCCAUCAACAUUUCUACCAGUACAACUUCUGCUGGAGGUGGUGGAUCACACAAGAAAGGAGCAGCAGCAAAGCAAAGACGACUAUUGACGGGAGCAGCUGCAAAAGCUGCCAAAAGAAGAGAAGAACAAGGUGAUAUAAGUGGAACGGCAACUCCGGCUGAAGGAGAAAUUGGAAGUGCAAGUAUGACGGAACCAGAUGGUGAUACGACAAUGAACAGUCUUGCGGGUACGAAUGGAACACAAACUCCGGCUGUUUUGGAUGCAGCAGCCGAAGAGCUGUUGAAGCGUAAACGAGCUUUACCUACUUACUCGAGCAUCGAAGCACCGCCUAGCCUAAGACCACGAAAGAAGUUUUGUGAUAUCACAGGACUCAUUGCGCCAUACACUGAUCCUAAAUCAGGUCUGCGUUAUCACAGCGUGGAAAUUUACGAGAUCAUAAAAACCUUCGGACCUGGCGUUGAUCAAUCGUACCUAAGCCUCCGUGGAGAAGCUUCUCAGAUCAAGUGAUCUUCAGUCUAUACCUAUGUUCAUCUUUUUCAAACCCAUGUACAUC